AUGGCGAUUGGUUCUCUCGUCGCCUCGAGGUUCGCCAGGUCGAGCCAUGCCCUCCCCGCCGCCGCCGCCGCCGCUGCGGCCAUCUCUCAGGCUCCCAGGGCCCAGCACACCGCAUUUCCUCUACUCUCCGGCCCCCUUGGAGCAGCAGCUCGUGCUUUCAGCUCAAGGGCUCUAUGGAAGGGAGCAUUCGUUGAUGCUUUCCUGGCUAGAAUAAAGAAGAACAGAGAAAACAUGAAUGGCAAGAAGAUUUGGUCUCGUAGAUCGUCUAUUUUGCCGGAAUUCGUCGGUUCCUCUGUGCUCAUUUACAAUGGGAAAACUCAUGUCCGGUGCAAGAUCACUGAAGGGAAGGUUGGCCAUAAAUUCGGAGAGUUUGCUUUUACACGGAGACGAAGGCCGCAUCGAACAAUACAAGCAAAGGGAAAUCAAGGAAAGGGCAGAAAGUAA